GGGCCUUGGUCCCCUCCGAGCCUAUUGAUAUUGAUAUGCACAUGCACAGUGUAUAUAAGCUAUAUGAUAAGUCCCCUCCCAGUGGCAAAUUUAUACAUUGCAGUUUAAGUUUGCAGUUGGUUUGGUUUGGAUUGUUUAUUAUAGGUAUCUUGGGUUUGCAGUGUGGGAAAUUUGUAGGCAAGACUUGUCAACGAUGAGUGACGUUGCUAUCGAGACCUGCUCUCUGCUUUUGAUAGUGAAGGAGGAGGUGAAAGAAGAGGAGUUGUCAGCAUCAGAAGAUACAGAAGGUGCAGCAGCAGCAGACAAACGCCAGAUGCCUCAGGAACCGCAAGAGAGGUGUAGGGAUGCUGUUAACAUCAAGCCUGAGCUGCCAUCCCAGAUCGGUGAUAGCCGGGAGAUCAUAGUCAAGGCUGAAGAUGACGACUGGGACGCCAAGUGGAGGGUGGAUGUACCCGACCGGGACCCGCUGGAGCUGGGGCCCGACACCAAGGUUCCCCUCGGUGAUGGUGUUGUCAAGGCGGAGCCCGAGGCUUCCGUUGCCGCGGUCGGCGAAGGAGACGAGGCAACGGGCUCAGCAGGCGGACAGGCAACGGUCGGUUGUCCUCACUGCGACUUCAGCUGUCUGGGACAAGAUCUUCUGAACAGGCACGUCAAGGAUAAACACGAUCACAUCGGCAAGGACGGCAAAUUGAAGUGCCAGUGGUGUGAUUACUCUACGAACCAUUCCGGCAGUAUGGCAAACCACCGCCGCAUACACACGGCAGAGCGGCCAUACCACUGUGAGACAUGUGACAAAACAUUUUCUUUGCAAAGUACUCUGACCCGCCACCGCCGUAUACACACGGGAGAGCGGCCGUACCGCUGUGAAUUGUGUAAUAAGUCGUUUGUUAAAAGUAGUUAUCUGGCCCGCCACCGCCGUACACACACGGGAGAGCGGCCGUACCGAUGUGAGACAUGUGACAAAACGUUUUCUCUUCAGAGUCAUCUGACCAGGCAUCGCCGUACCCACACGGGAGAGCAGCCAUACCGCUGUGAUGUAUGUGACAAGGCGUUUGCUGUACAUGAUAAGCUGACCCGCCACCGCCGCACACACACGGGAGAGCGGCCGUACCGCUGUGAUAUAUGCAGCAAGGGGUUUUCCGAGCAACAUAAUCUCGUUAUACACCGCCGUACACACACGGGAGAGCGGCCGUACCGCUGUGAAACGUGUGACAAAACGUUUGCUGAUCAAAGUGGCCUGGCCGUCCACCGCCGUACACACACGGGAGAGCGGCCGUACCGCUGUGCUCUGUGUAAUAAGUCGUUUUCUCGAACUAGUGUUCUGGCCAUCCACCUCCGUACACACACGGGAGAGCGUCCGUUCCGCUGUGAUCUGUGUAAUAAGUCGUUUUCUCAAAAUAGUGGUCUGAUCAGCCACCGCCGUACACACACGGGAGAGCGGUCUCACCGCUGUGAUUUAUGUAAUGAGUCGUUUUCUGAGCCCAGAAAGCUGACUAGCCACCGUCGUACACACACGGGAGAGCGGCCGUACCGCUGUGAUAUAUGUGGGAAGUCGUUUUCUGAGCCCAGUAAGCUGACCAGGCACCGCCAUACCCACACGGAAGAGCGGCCGCACCGCUGUGAUUUAUGUAAUAAGUCGUUUUCUGAGCCCAAUAAGUUGGCCAUCCACCGCCGUACACACACGGGAGAGCGGCCGUACCGCUGUGAUGUGUGUGACAAAACGUUUACUGAAAAAAGUAGUCAGACCCGUCACCGCCGCACACACACGUGAGGACGGCCGAACCGCUGUUAUGUGUGUGAAAGGACAUUUUGUCGGCCAUUUAGCCUGGUUAAGCCGCGCCCUGCUGGGCGGGGGGGGGGGGAUGUCGGAACACCCCCCCCCCCCUGGGGUUUUUCGCGAAUAUCUUAGAGACGGCGGCGAGGAGCGACGCCGUUUUUGGCACACCUCAUAAGGCAUGUCUAUACCGCGGUCUUAUCCUACUGAAGCGCAUGUUAAUGACAUCGGAGUCCGAGUCGAUCGCCGGCGACCUAGUCACUCGUUCACCAUCGUACCACACGGAACGCCGACCACCAUUUAGUCAUGCCGGCGAGUCGAUCGGAGUCGGGCAGGCGUCGUUUUAAGCACUCGAUCGGACCGCCUAUAAUGCUUUGCCACGUGAGCUGCGAAACUUUACUGGAGGCUGUAAGAAAGAACUCAUGCAACACCUGCUUAUGAAGCAGCGGGGCGGCGUCGGCUAGGUGUACUGUAAAGAGCAUGCGUGUGUGGGUUAGUGCGUGUGCAUGUGUGCAUGUUGAACUAAAUGACCGUUUUUUUUUUUAACUUUACGACUGCAGGGUGCGGAAUAGCCACUGAACUAUGUGGAUGUGCCCCAUGACGUAAAUACAUACAUACAUACAUGCAUGCAUUUUUGUGCUCGUGCUGUGAAAAUUUUGCCCUAAGCUCACCCAAGGUCAGGUUACCAGGUCACUUCAAGUGACUUCACCUCCUAUUAAGUUUCAAUGCUUGCCAUAGCUAUACCGAGUGACCGAUCGCUUGGAAGCUUUCAGCGAUUGAUAAAUGUAACAAUAUUUACAAAAUAUUUCUAUCAAAAUUUCGAUAUUGAUGACCAAAGGUUAGGUCAAUUUUCGACAUCAUAAUUAUAAUUCAAAGGGAGAAAAUUGAAAGGCGCCUCUUUUAGACCAACGCCAUUCUAAACAUUUUCCAACACUGAAUUACGAGUAAACAUGACACACUGAACCGGAAAAUGGCACCCGUGACCCCUCGUUUUGUCUCCCAAGUCAUCUCAGGUCACGAAUGACGAAUGGCAUCUAAAAGUGUUUCGUAAAUAUAUUUUGAGGCAAGCUGGAGCGAUGAAAACGCUUUAUGUAGAUGUGGUAAGGUCGACGAUACGGAUCAACUUAUAUACAGCACGACCUUUGCCGUUCGGUAAUAACCUUGACCUGAUGUCGAAUUUUCAAGUUGAACUUUCCAAGGCUAAAUUAUAGUUCAUUCGACUCGUCUCGACGGGAGGAACACGGUGCUGGCAAAAGUAAUGUCGUGUCUCUCUUGAGUCAAAAGCUAUUGAAGGAACACAUUUUCCUUAAAAAGCGGCUAUUUUUUAAUAUUACGCUCGGGGGGCUAAAUCGUUGACCUGAGGUCAAAUCUGAGAUCAUUUCCAGAAAGGCCUGUAAAACAGCUAUCGUAAUUUGACCUCUGGUGACCUGGUCUUUGACCUGACCUAAAAUAAUGACUGAAGUAUUUUCGUCAUGGUUUUUGACGUUCUUUCGCAUGCCGCUUACGGCGUGUCGCUACUUGUCCCAAGGGUCGAGUUUGAGGGGGGUGUUUGAACCCCCCCCCCCCCAGCAGGGCGUGGAAAUCCAAGACUCCCAGCGGGGCUGGGUUAAACAUUACCGGUGCCAUGCGCGCUGAUGAGUCUGAAGGGUUACACGGUGGUGCGGUACCGUCGAAAUGUCGGCCAAGCUCCGUAUCAUGGAACGGCCGUACGGCUGCACCACCUACAUGGUACGGUUCCUUCACCUGUCACCUGUAAUUAUACACAUACGGGCCCACGGUGUGCUAUAGAAACGUGUAAAUACGAUACGUCGUGUAAAGAUUGUAGAUAUCCUCUACAUUUGUGAGCCGACUGUGUUUUGUAAUGUACGUGGUGGAGCAAACAUGGCUGGCAAUACAACCGGAUGGA